UCUUCGUCUAAAAUGUGUUCAUCCACCAACAACGUACUCUUUUCAAUCUCACCACUAUUCGUUGCUCCCAGUAUCAUCAUCAAUUUAUUAUUUUCCACUAAUUAAUUAUCCCCUAAUCCCCUAUGAACUUUGAAGUAGUUAUGCCUAAUCCAUGACAAUGAGACUCAAACAACAACACUAAACUAGACCAAGUCAUAUAUAUAAAAACGCUCUCGUUUUUGAAUCAAUGAAUCGUACGGUCGGUGAGUCCUCCUCCGCCCUCGCAUCACCGUCCACCUCACACUCAAUUCGCGCCUCACCAUCGUCGUCGUCCGAAACGUUUCAGAAACCGAAACCAAACGCCAUAUUCUUGUUUUUCCUUCCCUCCUUUCAAAUCAGACCAAGAACACGAAACAGUAGCUGCAUUAUCAUCACUAUGUUGGCUAAACUCUUCAAAAGACCCUCACAAAAUCAACAUCAUCCUCAGGCAAGGGUGUCACAAGCUGAUUUGGGUCCAAGAAUUGUUUUUCACUAUGGGAUUCCAUCUACUGCAUCGAUUCUCGCACUUGAUCGCACUCAGAGCUUGCUGGCAAUUGGAACCCUGGAUGGGAGGAUAAAAGUGAUUGGUGGCGAUAAUAUUGAAGGGCUUCUGAUAUCUCCUGAGCCAUUGGCAUUUAAAUACUUGGAGUUCUUAGAAAAUCAAGGUUUUUUAGCUAGUGUCUCAAGUGAAAAUGAAAUUCAGGUUUGGGAUUUGGAACAGAAGCAAAUAGCCGGUUCUUUACAGUGGGAAUGCAAUAUAACUGCCUUCUCUGUUAUUUAUGGCACCAAUUACAUGUAUAUUGGAAGCGAAUAUGCAAUGGUGUCUAUGGUGAAGUAUGAUGCUGAAGAUCGAAAAAUCAAUUUACUGCCAUAUUAUAUUACUGCAAACUUCAUAGCUGAAGCAGCUGGAAUGUCAUUGCCUGAUAAUCUUUCUGUUGUUGGAGUUCUCCAUCAACCUAGUUCUCAGGGAAACAGACUGCUGAUUGCAUAUGAGAAUGGUCUGAUUGUUCUCUGGGAUGCUUUAGAAGAUCGAGUUGUGCUUGUAAGAGGUUCCAAGGACCUGCAAGUGAAGGAAGAAACAGUCCAUAAUUCUUUUGAAGGCACAAGAACUGAGCUGACUGAUGCUACAUCAGACAGCAAACAGGUGGAGAAAGAGAUAAGCUCUCUUUGUUGGGUAUGCGAUAAUGGGUCAAGUCUUGCUGUUGGCUAUGUAGAUGGUGAUAUAAUGUUUUGGGAUAUAUCAACUGCUGAGUCUACCAAGGAUCAUAGAUCUAAAAAGUUAGCUAACAAUGUUGCGAAGCUAGAGUUAUCAUCAGAUGACAAGAGACUCCCUGUCAUAGUUUUACACUGGUCUGCAAAUAGGUUAAGUCAUCAUCCUAGGGGCCAACUCUUUGUUUAUGGAGGUGAAGGAAUUGGGUCUGAAGAAGUUCUCACGGUUCUGAGCGUGGAUUGGUCUUCAGGAAUAGAAAGUCUGAAAUGCAUAGGUCGUGUGGACCUUACACUUGUUGGUUCAUUUGCAGAUAUGGUUUUACUUCCAGCUGCUGGUGCCAUGGAGAACGGUGACACAUUGCUAUUCACUUUGACAAAUCAGGGACAACUGCAUGUCUAUGACAAGGCUUGCUGGUCUGCCUUAAUGUCUCACCAAAAGAAAAGGACUGAUGGGACUGCAGUGCAGUAUCCUAUGUUUAUACCUACUACUGAACCGUGUAUGACAGUGGCAAAGCUUGCUUUGGUGGAUAGAGAUGGGAAAUACUCCUCAGCUCUGUCCAAGGAAGUUUCUGUUGACAAGUCUAAUGCGAAACACACUUUGAAGAAGGGGGGUGCAAAGUGGCCUUUGACUGGUGGUGUUCCCAGCCAACUUUCUGAUGCUGAAAAUUUUCAUGUCGAGAGACUAUAUGUAGCAGGAUAUCAAGAUGGAUCUGUUCGAAUAUGGGAUGCCACCUAUCCAACUCCGUCGCUUAUAUAUGCUAUAGGUCCUGAGGUAAAAGGCAUCAGAUCUACAGGUGCAAAUGGAACAGUCUCAGCAUUGGAAUUUUGUUCUCUUACUUUAAAAUUAGCUAUUGGUGAUGUGUGUGGUCUGGUUCGUCUAUAUAAACUAAUAGGGAGUUCAGACGAGGCAGAAUUGCACUUUGUGACAAAAACAGAGAAGGAAGUUUAUACUUCACAACAAGGUAAUGGGCCUCAGUGCACAGUUGUGUUUUCUAUUCUUGAUUCUCCUAUAUCCACACUACAAUAUGCAAAUUUUGGAGCAAGACUGAGUGUGGGAUAUGAAUGUGGCCGGGUUGCAAUGCUUGAUAUUAGUACAUCGUCAGUUUUGUUUCUUACAGACAGUGUCUCCAACUCAAUUUCCCCAGUCAUCUGUCUGUCUGUGAAAUCAUUUUCAGAUACUAAUAGCUUAUCACAGAGCCCAAAGGGCUCUGAAUCCAAGAAUUCGACUGAUCCUCAAAAUGGAAUGAAUCCAAAGGAUUCUGAAUCCAAAACUUUAAGUGAUUCUGGAAAUGGGUUGGCAAUCCCAAAGGACUCUGAAUCCAAGAAUGUGGCUGACCCUGAACAUGGAAUGAGUGUAAAAGAUACUGAAUUUAAGACUUUGAGUGAUUCUGGAAAUGGGUUGGCAAUCCCAGAGAACUCUGAAUCCAAGAAUGUGGCUGAUCCUGAACCUGGAAUGAGUGUAAAAGAUCCUGCAUCCCAGACUUUGAGUGAUUCUGAAAAUGGGUUGGCGUUCAUUAUGACCAGAAAUGCACAUUUUGUUAUUUUAGAUAGUGCCACUGGCAAUAUGAUCAGGUCUUGGCCCAUGCAUCCAAAAAUGGAUUCUACUGCAAUUUCGAUGUACAUUAUAGAGGAUGGUGAUGUUUUAUUUGAUUUGUCGAGUGCAAAAAAGGAUUCUUUAGACUUACCUCAGAAAGGCGUAGCUAAACAUGAUGACGUACCACCUAAUGCUGACUCUGGAGGGACACAGCUUGUAGUUGACCAGGAUACCUCCACCAAAACUGCAUAUUUUUUGCAGAGAUCGGUGAACAUAUGUGUUUUACUUUGUUGUGACUACACAUUGCACUUAUGUUCAUUGAAGUCUCUGCUUGAGGGUGACAGUAACUGCAUUCUGAAGGUGAAUCUUGUAAAACCGUGUUGUUGGACUACAAUCUUCAAAAAAGAUGGAAAAGACAGUGGAUUGGUUAUACUAAAUCAGACAGGAGUCUUUGAGAUCAGGUCUUUUCCAAAUCUUGAAGUGGUGAGAGAUAUAUCAUUAAUGACGAUUCUAAGAUGGAACUUCGUGAUCAACAUGGAUAAGACAUUCUGUUCCUCUGAUCGUGGGCAAAUGAUUCUGGUACAUGGGUGUGAAUUAGCUUUUGUCUCUAUUUUGGCCUACGAAGAUGACUUCAGGAUUUCGGAGUCCUUCCCUUGUCUUCAUGAUAAAGUGCUUGCAGCUGCUACAGAUGUCAUUGCCGAUUUAUCUCAAAGACAGAAACAGAGUGCUGCCCAUAGGAUUUUAGGAGGUAUCAUUAAGGGCUUAAAAACUAGUAAAACGGAUCAAAACAUGGACCCGACUGGAAAUCAUGAAAAAUAUUGUGCGAAUUUGGAGAGCUUAUUUUCAAAUCCCCCAUUCUUAAAACCAUCCACAGAUGUGAAGGAUGACCAAGAACCUGUGGUGCUUAACCUAGAUGAUAUUGUAAUUGAUGGCCCUAUUACUGUCUUGCCUAAAGAUCCAAACAAGAAGAAUGAAAAGAAAGCAGACAAGGGAUCAGAGAAGAAAAAGUUAUUUGAAGGCGCAACUAGUGGUACAAAGCCAAAAAUGAGGACAGCUGCCGAAAUCAAGGCUAAAUAUAGAGAAACUGGGGAUGUCUCUGCAGCAGCUGCACGUGCAAGAGAUAUGCUUGCCGAACGUGGGGAAAAACUUGAGAAACUCAGAGAAAACACAGAAGAACUAUCGAGUGGAGCUCAAGACUUCGCAUCGAUGGCAAAGGAACUCGCCAAGAGAAUGGAGAAUCGUAAAUGGUGGCACAUAUGACAAGUUAGCACCACCUUCUCUAUCAAUUAGAUACUUAGUUUAGUUGAAUCUCACUCUUCUGAAUGAAGAAAGAUACCCCCACUGUGUGUACUUAUUUUUUUGACUCAUAUCCCACUAUGCAUUUGAUCCAUGUUUCUUUGUACAUGGGGCAUAACCGAGUGUAGGCAGUGUGUAAAUAAUAGCUCAAUAAAACGUUCUACUCGUUUUCUAUGUUUCUGGUUUGAUCAUUCCGACCAAAACGAGUAAAACGACUCGAGAAAAACUGGAAAAAGGAAAUCCAAAAAGAAGAAUUUUCAUGAAACACGUGCGGUUGAAGUUGAAGUUGAAGUUGAAGUUUGAGGUUGAACCUUUUAUUGUGGACCUUUUCCAAAAUGGAUGAUGGAUACUCCAUUACGGAGUCACCUUUAGUUAUAAUAUCGGGACAGCCAGUUGGCUGAAAGCCACCAUGUGAAAAUUUGUGGCGACUUCAUGCCUAACUUGUAUAUUUUUCUCCAAAAGUUAUCAAACACUCAAUUGAUCAUAGUCUUGUAAAGAAAAGAGGUUUCCCUUAUUGCUAAAUUAUUGGAAGGGAAUAGUUCAUUUUUCA